AUGGAAGUUACAACGACUCUGUCAAAGACAUUUAAACGUUUUACAAUACCUCGAAGUACGUCAUCGAUGGGCUCGUUUACAACAACAAAUGGUACUGCGACUAAUGUUGAACAAAAAUUUGAAGAAUCACCAUCAGUACAAGAUCCACCGUCCAAUGGUCAUUCAUCAUCACAUCAUAAACAUCCACCAUUAUCUUAUAUUCAACAUAUGAGACCAAUUCAACAUCAUUCACAACAAAAUUUAUCUUCAUCGUCACACGAACAACAAGAACGACAACAGCAGCAACAAUCAAAAAAACAUCAUCUACCUAUGCGACCAUUAAGUGAAGAUAUUUCAUCAUUUAUGAUACGUUCAGCAUCAACUGAUUUUAACUCAUCAAAUGAAUACAUAACAAAAGAAAAUAAUAAAAUGAAUAAUAAUACACCGACAAAAAAAUCUUCUUUUUAUAAAUCUUCUAUACAACGUGAUAUGAGUUAUGAUAAUAUAAAAAGUUUAACCAUUGAUGAACCAAUUAAACCAAAGUCAGACGAACAUCCUUCGCAAUAUACACAAAUAAAAAAUUUAUUAACCAAGAAAUUUCAUCCAUCUACCACGACAAUAAAUGAAACAGCAACCCAACCAGAAAAAAUAAAUAUUAAACAGAAAAAACGUCGUACAUCUUUUCGACAUUUUUCACAAUUUCUUAAACGUAGCCAUAGUACAAAUACAGAUUUAUCAACUAUUGCAACAAAUAAUACAACAAAUAGUAACGUUCAACAACAGCAACAGCCAGCUAAAUUACCUGCAGAUUUUAUUUAUCAACGUUUGCAUACAAAAUUAAUUGAUGAAAAUGAUUCAUCAUUUAUAACACGUUCUAAUACAAGUAUUAUGUGUAAUAGUAGCGGUUCAGCAUUAGUACCAAUAUCCGAAGAAGAAAAUCCUCUACCAAUGAAAACACAGAUUAGAUCAAAACCUACAAAUAUUGAUGAUGAAGAUUAUUAUUAUGAUAAUACAGUACGGCCUGAUAGUGGCGCAUUAACACAUCAACAAACGCAAAGAAUUGCACCUAGUCUAAGUUUAUCAUCGUCAUCAUCAUUUAUAUCGGCUCAUACAUCGUCUCCAUCGGGUAUAUCAUCGACCUCGAAUAAAAAUCGAAAUAAUAUAUUAAAUGGUAUUCAAUAUCAGCAACGAGAUGAUCUGAUAAAUCCGUCCAAAUCUUCAUCAUCGAUGACAUCUAAUAUUGGCACAGCAUUGUCUGUUCUUGCUAAUAAUACAAAUAAUAAUAAACAUUAUUUAACCAAUUCAAUUAGCUUACAUGGAGAUGUUAGUAGUUCGAUAAAUGCUCAAAACAAGAAUGAUCUUCAUUCAUCAUCGUCAGCUAUUAAUGAUGCUAAUGCUCAAGGACGAACUGUUCUUCAUCCGAUAAUAUCAGUAACGCCUGAAGAUUUAGCAAAGCAAUCUUCAAUCAAUGAUGAAGAAAAUUCCAAUCAAGAAGUCACUAAAGUUAAAAUGCGUGAACAUAGUGCAAAGAAGAAGAAGGGCCUACGUGAUCUAAAAUCACGCAUAUCAUUACCACCAGAAUUAAAAAAUAGUUUUUCAUUUACUAAACCACACGUAUCAACCAAUAAUAAUAAUAAUAAUAAUCACUCGUCAGGAACAAAUUUAACAAAUAAAUUUAAAUUAAAUCAACUACAAUUACAAAAACGUUCAUCGUAUUAUCAAACGAAUUCUCUAUCAACACAAACAUUGAAUAAUGUUUUGCAUCAAUCCAAUUCAUCUUUAGUACAUCGAUCACCAUCACAAUUAAAUACAAGUAUAGGUGGACCAUUAAGUCGAAAUGAACAACGUCUUUCAAUGCUUGAUCUUGGUUUUGGAAAAAUCGAAUCUUAUGUGAAAUUAGAAAAACUAGGAGAAGGAACAUACGCAACUGUGUACAAAGGAAAAUCUCAUUUAAUGAAUGGUUAUAUUGCAUUAAAAGAAAUUCGAUUAGAACAAGAAGAAGGUGCUCCAUGUACAGCGUUACGAGAAGUUAGCUUAUUGAAAGGUCUCAAACAUAAUAAUAUUGUUAGUCUAUAUGAUAUUAUAUUUAACCAAACAACAUUAACACUUGUAUUUGAAUAUGUCGAAAAAGAUUUAAAACAAUAUAUGGACGACUGUGCAAAUAUUCUUAAUAUAAAAAAUGUUCGUCUAUUUUUAUUUCAACUUUUACGUGGUCUAGAUUAUUGCCAUUCAAAAAAGAUUCUUCAUCGAGAUCUAAAACCGCAAAAUCUAUUAAUUAACGAACGAGGAGAAUUAAAAUUAGCAGACUUCGGUCUUGCACGUAUUAAAUCAUUUCCAACAAAAACAUAUUCACAUGAAGUUGUUACAUUGUGGUAUCGGCCACCUGAUGUUUUACUUGGUAGUACUGAGUAUUCAACGCCCAUUGAUAUAUGGGCUGUUGGUUGCAUUUUUUAUGAAAUGGCAUGUGGUCGACCGUUAUUUGCUGGUACGAAAGUUGAUGAAGAAUUGUAUUUAAUAUUUAAAUGUCUCGGUACACCAAAUGAAAAAUCUCUACCCGGUGUAACAACAAAUCCUGAUUUUCAAGCAUUAAGAUUACCUUAUUAUCAUGGUGAAUCCUUAAAUCAUUUAGCACCACGUCUUGAUCAAAAUGGAAUUGAUUUGUUAGAACAAUUUUUACGGUAUAAUCCACAUUCUCGAAUAUCUGCACAUGAUGCAAUGAUGCAUAAAUUCUUUUCCUGCUACCCACCAAUAAUACAUACACUAGGACCAUUACAAUCAAUAUUGGAUAUAAAUGAAAUAUAUUUAACUAAAGAUCAUGGUUCAAAGCUCAUUUCAGCAUCGCUCAUGAAAACGGCUAUUUCGAAACGAUCGAGUGUCCAUCUGUGA